UUUUGCUCCCGGGAUGACACGGCAAUGGGAAAUGCUUUAUUAGCGCUGAGCGCUAUGAAGGGACUUGGCACCCGUCAUUGAACAUCUGCUCACCUACACGCACUCAUAACUGCUAUGAAAUCAUACUGUCUUCGCCUUCGCUAUGCGGCUCUACGAGCUUUUUCGGACUCUCGAUUGGUGCUCGCCGACGUUGAUGCCAUACAGGAGGAGAAUAUACGCCAUCUACACCUUACGAAUUUUUCUCCUGCUCUUCUGAUGGCCAUACAUCCUGUUGGUCAAGAAGAAGAUGAACCACAUGUCAACUAUUGGCGAGAUGAUGCUUACCUACGGCUCAUCUUGGCUCUUACUUCCAAUGCGGAAUGGUGUGAACGUCUAGUCGGUGAUCGACAUAUCGGACACUGCAUUUCCAUGUUAAACGGCCUCGAUGAGCACUCGCCCGCCCCCUUCCAAAUCGCUGCAAUAUUAGGGCGAGUUCACUCUAUCAGUCCAAACGCGGCUGGGGCAGCGUUUGAGCACACGGAACAGAAGGGUAUUCCAGCAGCUGAUCUUGGGGACGUUCGCAGGAAUGUCGGUCUAGUGAUGGAGAAGCUGAAGAGGCGAAACAGGUGUCUGUCUAGCAUGCAGGACUAUCAUGUUAACUUAACCGGAUUGACCGAGACUUAACAGUACAUCUGGGCCCUUAUAAGUUAUAUAUCUACCUUACUUGUAGUCCUUCGAUAACCACGAACUUAUCAUUGGGCACGCAGGGAAUGGAAUUGGUAUUGACUGGCAUCUGUGACACAAACUCAUAUAACAUGGGCCUCAACGUUGCGGCAUGAUGUAUUCCGUCUCGGGGCAGUGGCGGCCUGCAGGGUACACAGAUCACC